CAUUAACAACGCGGGAACUGGCGGGUUCUGUUACUUUUGUUUCGAGUCGAACGUGUUGCAACCCGCUUAACUGAUUCGUUUUAUUUAUCGUGUGAUAAUCCUGAUGGGCUCCCGCUCCAAGUUGUUCCUGGCGAAACACGUUGGCGGCAACGUUACAAAGUUGCAGAUUUAUUCACAAAAGUUUAGUUAGUUCGCAUUCUAACGUUAGCUUGAAUUUGAGGCAGCUACUGCUGUUAGCUAACGUUUUUCUUUGUUUAAAAAAAAUACAGCUGUUUGUAUUAGAUGAUAGCUCUCUAGCUAGCUAACCAAAACAGAACUUGUGUGACAUGGAAUCAUUUCAGAAAGUGGAAAAGAUUGGAGAAGGGACGUACGGAGUGGUGUACAAGGCAAAGAACAAAGUCACUGGAGAGACCGUUGCCCUCAAAAAAAUCAGACUAGACACGGAAACAGAGGGAGUACCAAGCACUGCCAUCCGAGAGAUAUCACUCCUCAAAGAGCUCAGCCACCCAAAUAUUGUUGAGCUCCGUGAUGUCAUCCACACAGAGAACAAACUGUACCUGGUUUUUGAGUUCCUACAUCAGGACCUCAAGAAGUUCAUGGACUCCUCCUCUGUCUCUGGUAUCGCUUUGCCACUUGUCAAGAGUUACCUGUUCCAGCUGCUACAGGGCCUGGCCUUCUGUCACUCCCACAGGGUUCUCCAUCGGGACCUGAAGCCCCAGAACUUGCUCAUCAAUGCCCAGGGGGAGAUCAAGCUUGCUGACUUCGGCCUGGCUAGGGCCUUCGGGGUGCCUGUCCGCACCUACACUCAUGAGGUGGUAACUCUAUGGUACCGAGCUCCAGAAAUUCUCUUGGGCUGCAAAUACUACUCUACAGCUGUUGACAUCUGGAGUUUGGGGUGCAUCUUUGCUGAAAUGAUCACUAGGAGGGCCUUGUUUCCAGGUGACUCCGAGAUCGAUCAGCUGUUCCGAAUCUUCCGUACCCUGGGUACUCCGGAUGAGGCGGCCUGGCCAGGAGUCACCUCCAUGCCCGACUACAAGCCCUCCUUCCCAAAGUGGGCCCGGCAGGAGCUGUCCAAAGUGGUGCCCCCUCUGGAUGACGACGGGAGAGAGCUUCUUGGGCAAAUGCUGGCCUAUGACCCAAACAAGAGGAUAUCUGCAAAAAAUGCCCUUGUCCAUCGGUUCUUCCGUGACGUCACCAUGCCAAUGCCACACCUACGACUCUGAGACAUGCAGACUGACGGGGACAAUACAUAGCGCAGGGUCUUUCCAUGAGAGACCUCUGAGCAUAAGGACUGCCCCAGCUCUUAUCCACACCUGAAUAGUACAGUCCAGACGAUGGGAGAGAUCACAGGGAAAUAUGGGUGCCAUUCCAAAAAUCAUUCCAGCAGUUAAAACCAGCGUUUUAUAAAUUAGAUGUCCUGUGAGUUUCUUUUCUUUUUUCUUUACAGCUAUGAGUGCUUGUUAUGGAGUGGAGAAUGGAUUGGAAAAUUCCAGUUGUUUCAGCAUUCGAUUUGUAUUGAAGGGGUUGUUUAGAUUUUAUCAAACUUGUUAUGCCAAUUUUAUAAAUGUUUAAUGAUUAUACAUAAAGAUAAACUUGUUCCAAAUCUUC